AGAGCCAUGGCCAACAUGAAGCUCCUGCGGAGACGCUACAGCCCGCUGAAGGUGGCCCUGGUUGGGGUCGUUUUUGUCAUCUGCCUCUUCAUCAUGCAGAAGGACGUCGGGAACAGAGACUCGAGCGAGGAGCCCUGGCUCAAAAACAUCGUCAACGGGAAGGAUCAAGUCAUCGACCUGAUGAUGGGGGCAGUGAACAACCUCCGGGACUCGAUGCCGAAGCUUCAGAUCCGGCCUCCGGCUCAGCAAGAGGCUCCGCAAAGUGCCAGGUCCUGCCUCCCGGGCUACUACACGGCGGCGGAGCUGAGGCCGCUCAUGGAGCGGCCGCCCCAGGACCCGAACAGCCCCGGUGCCGACGGCAAAGCCUUCAAGAAGGAGCAGUGGAGCCCGGAGGAGAGCAAGGAGAAGGAGCGCGGCUACGAGAAGCACUGCUUCAACGCCUUCGCCAGCGACCGCAUCUCCCUGCAGCGAGCGCUGGGCCCCGACAGCCGCCCGCCGGAGUGCAUCGACCAGAAGUUCAAGCGCUGCCCGCCGCUGCCCACCACCAGCGUCGUCAUCGUGUUCCACAACGAGGCCUGGUCCACGCUGCUGCGCACGGUGUACAGCGUCCUGCACGCGUCGCCCGCCGUGCUGCUGCGCGAGAUCAUCCUGGUGGACGACGCCAGCACCGACGACUACCUGAAGGACGAGCUGGAUCGCUACGUGAAGCAGCUGCAGAUCGUGAGGGUCGUGCGGCAGAAGGAGAGGAAGGGGCUGAUCACGGCGCGGCUGCUCGGGGCCAGCGCGGCGAGCGGGGAGGUGCUCACCUUCCUGGACGCGCACUGCGAGUGCUUCCACGGGUGGCUGGAGCCCCUGCUGUCCCGCAUCGCUGAGGAGCCCACGGCGGUGGUGAGCCCCGACAUCACCACCAUCGACCUCAACACCUUCGAGUUCUCCCGGCCCGUGCAGUACGGCAAGCAGCACAGCCGGGGCAACUUCGACUGGAGCCUCACGUUCGGCUGGGAGGCCAUCCCGGCCCGGGAGAAGCAGCGGAGGAAGGACGAGACCUUCCCCAUCAAGUCGCCAACCUUUGCCGGGGGCCUCUUCGCAAUUUCCAGGUCCUACUUUGAGUAUAUCGGCUCUUACGACGAUCAGAUGGAGAUCUGGGGAGGAGAGAAUGUGGAAAUGUCCUUCAGGGUGUGGCAGUGCGGCGGCCAGCUCGAGAUCAUCCCCUGCUCCGUCGUCGGCCACGUCUUCCGCUCCAAGAGCCCCCACACCUUCCCCAAAGGGACGCAGGUGAUUUCCAGGAACCAGGUGCGCUUGGCCGAGGUCUGGAUGGACGACUACAAGGAGAUCUUCUACAGGAGGAACCAGCAGGCCUCGCAGAUGGCCAGAGAGAAAACGUAUGGUGACAUUACAGAACGGCGCAGGCUGAGGGAGAAGCUACACUGCAAGAACUUCACCUGGUACCUAGAAACCAUCUAUCCAGAGAUGUUCAUCCCGGACUUGACUCCAACUUUUUAUGGAGCAAUAAAAAACGAGGGGACAAAAAGCUGCCUGGAUGUCGGGGAAAACAACCACGGUGGGAAACCCCUCAUCAUGUACCCGUGCCAUGGGAUGGGAGGCAACCAGUACUUUGAGUACACAGGGAAGGGCUCGCGGGUACCCCCCAACGAGGAGUGGGACCUGACGCAGGACCGUCUGAUCAAAAACGCCGCCUCCAACCUGUGCCUGUCGGCGAGGGGGAAGCACCCGCUGCUGGCGCCCUGCAACGCGCUCGACUCCCACCAGCGGUGGCUCUUCACCUAG